CGCGCGCAAUUUUGUAUUUGCGCGGCUUUCAGCUGGUACUGCUGCUAUUUGACAUCGCGGUGAGACGGCUUAGGAGUCGUGCUUGCCAGCGGCAACCAGAGAGCGCCAGAUUUUAAAUACGGCGCUGCGCACAUAUCCCACGCUGCUGCUCGUGCUGCUCGGCGCCCUCGACAAGGCCGCCGCAAAGCUCGGGCUGCGCAGAGUACCGGAGCAAACGCUCUGCGGCCUCGCCGUUGCGAGCGGUACCACCGGAGCGCUAACAGGUGCGCUCGCGCUCGUCCUGCUGCAGCACAAGACGCGCAAGCAGAGCUUCCAGCUCAAGUAUCUCAUCGCGACCGGGCUGGCCCUCGCUAUCGAUAACCUAUUAUGACGAGCGUGCCGGACAAGUGCCACAUCGGCACGCGGCGCGUCGAAACCCCGGCGGCGGCCCUCUUCGACGUCGACGGCACGCUCGUGGACAGCAUGGGCCGCUUCUUCCCGUCGUGGAACGAGGCCGGCGCCAACUACGGGCUCUCGAUGACGGAGGCGGAGUUCUACGGCUACGCGGGCAUGCCUCUGCCGGACAUCGUCGAGGACUUGUACCGCCGGUGCAAAGGUACUGAACCGCCGGACGGCUUCGUCGCGGAAUUCCUCGCUUCCAAAAAAGCGAAGCACGCGGCGCGGGAGGCGAUCGACGGCCCGCCGCCGGUGAUCGCCUGCGUGGCGGCGAUCGCGCGGGCCUGGGCGGCCCGGGGCGUGCCCGUCGUCUGCGCGACGUCGGGCCUGCGGGACCACGUCGAGCCCCACCUCGCGGCGGCGGGAUUGAGUGAUCUGUUCCCGUCGGACAAAAUUGUUUGUGCGGCCGAUCUACCGAAGGGACGCGGCAAGCCACUGCCGGACAUCUUUUUGAGGGCGGCCGCGGUCGCGGGCGUCGACGCUUCUCAUUGCGUCGCUUACGAGGACGCCGAGGCGGGCCUCAAAAGCGCGUGGGCCGCCGGGUGCGCCGUGGUAGACGUGACCGGGCUCCCGGACUAUCCGCUGCCGGAGGGCCUCCGCGCGGCCAAGGCGGCGCAAGUCCAACGGCGCGACUGGCUGCCUCCAUCGAGAAUAUUGGUCACCGGCGGCACGCGCGGCAUCGGCAGGGCUGUGGUAGAGGCGCUCGCGCGGCGCGAGGGCGUCGUCGUGUACCUGGGGUGCCGCGACCUUGCCGCCGGACAAGCGGUGGCGCCGCACGACGGUGUCGUGCCCGUUCUCUUGGACGUCACGGACCCCGCGUCGAUCAAGACGGCCGUCGAGACCGUGCGGGCCGCGGGUGGCCUCGACGCCCUCGUGAACAACGCUGGUGUGAUGGAUGAAAGUGAUAUGGAGAGGACGCUCGAGGUGAACCUCGACGGCGUCGCCGCGGUGACCACCGCCUUCGCGCCGCUCCUACGCACCGGUGGCCGCGUGAUCAACGUGUCGUCGGGCGCCGGGCUCCGCGCGGCGGCGGCGUUGGCGCCGGCCGAUCGCGAAGCUCUCGAGGCUGAUUCCGUCGCCGCGAUUCGCGCCACAGCACAACGGCUCGCCACAACGGCCGACAUCCCGGUCUACGGCAUCUCCAAGGCCGCGGUCAACGCGUACACUAAAUUAGCGGCGCGCACGUACCCGGCGCUGCGCGUGAACGCGUGCUCGCCGGGCUUCUGUCGCACCGAGAUCGCCGGCCCGAACGCGGACUACUCCGAGCGCGAGCCCAAGGCCCCGGCGCUCGGCGCGGACGUGAUCACGAAGCUGCUCUUCGACGACGCGCUCUCCCAGAACACGGGCAAGUUCUUCAAGGAGUGCUCGAAGCCCGGGACGGCUGUUGAAGAUGCGGUCUCCCGCGAGGAGCCCUGGUAAGAUACUUCUGGGUCCUCGUCCACGUCAUCGCCGCUAUCCCAGACGACCGUGAGGAACCUUGUAAUAAUAUACUUAUGGG